CCCAAGUCUCGGCUAAAGUAGCCUAAUCAGAAUACUGAAGACCACCACAGUUGUAUCGACCCCUUUUUCAAGCAUUAUGCACGCAAACGGACAGCGUCGACAGCCCGCCCUGAUGAGCGCGCAAUAGCGGCAUGGAUGCCACUUGUAUAAAGUAAAGAAGAAAACGCUUUUCGUACAGCAGAAAGCCCCGCGGCUUCACGGGACGGACGGUGGAAUAUUGGAUUCGGGCUAACUUGCAUUCAUUCUUUUUAACGUGGACAAUCAUGGUUUUAUUGCUUUUGGGUCUAAGCGUUUUAGUUUUUCUCACUGAUUUUAUGAAUGCAAUAGCGACCGCAGGCAGACCGCGAAGUUUGGAAAAAGCGAAAUUACCAGAGUUCGGCGCGUAUGAUGUUGUAACUCCAGUAAGAGUGAAUGAAGCCGGUGACAAAUUGCCAACGGGCGUGCACUUCAAAAGGAGAAAGCGGAGUACCGACCCAAUAACCAGCAACAUCUCCCAUCAUUGGGCCUCGCCGCACGUCUAUUAUCAAAUAUCAGCUUUUGGGCAGGACUAUAUUCUUAACCUUACGCUCGAGUCGGGAUUUAUUGCACCAGUUUACACUGUCACGAUACUUGGAGCAUCCAGUCAAAGUCAUAAUUCAGAGGGGGAGGAGGACACGGAGUAUCAGCAUUGUUUUUACAAAGGACAUGUGAACGGUGGACGGCAUACUGCAGUUAUCAGCCUCUGCUCCGGUUUGCUUGGCACUUUCAGGUCACCUGAAGGGGAGUAUUUUGUGGAGCCCCUUCAUAGCUACAAUGGUGAAGACUAUGAAGAAGAACACAUCAAACCUCAUAUUGUAUACAGAAAAAAUGCCUCAAAGUCGACUGUAGAAGAUUCGAACUCAUGUGAAACUUCAGGACAUAAAGAGCCACACAGCAGACACAGGGACAGACUGAGGAGAAAAACGUCCUCAAGCAUGCUGUCCGACCUGGAGACUCUUAAUUCCAGACUCCCCUCCAUGGAAAACAAGCACAACUCUGCUAAUGAAAGCAGUAACUCCAAGCCACACCGGAGAUCAAAGCGUUUCCUUUCCUACCCCCGUUUUGUUGAAGUCAUGGUUGUGGCAGACAGCAAAAUGGUGGAACAUCAUGGAAGCAACCUCCAGCACUACAUCCUUACCCUGAUGUCCAUUGUUUCCUCUAUCUAUAAGGAUCACAGCAUUGGAAACCUGAUUAACAUUGUAAUUGUGAAAUUGGUCAUUAUAAAGAACGAGCAGGAUGGACCCAAUAUUUCUUUCAAUGCACAGUCCACUUUGAAAAACUUCUGCAUAUGGCAGCAGAGUCAAAACAACCCGGAUGACAACCACCACUCACACCAUGACACCGCCAUCUUAAUCACAAGGCAGGACAUUUGUCGAACGCAGGACAAAUGCGACACUUUAGGUCUUGCUGAGCUGGGAACAGUUUGUGAUCCGUAUAGGAGUUGCAGUAUUAAUGAGGAUAACGGACUAAGUACGGCUUUCACCGUCGCUCAUGAGCUCGGCCACGUGUUUAACAUGCCUCAUGAUGAUAGUAACAAAUGCAAGGAGGAUGGAGUUAAAAACCAGCCACAUGUGAUGGCACCUACGCUCAACUAUAACACCAAUCCCUGGAUGUGGUCCAAAUGUAGUCGGAAAUACAUCACAGAGUUCCUCGACACAGGGUAUGGUGAGUGCCUGCUCGAUGAGCCUGUUUCUAGGCCGUACGGUUUGUCCCAGCAGCUGCCUGGACAGAUAUACAGCGUCAAUAAACAAUGUGAACUGAUAUUUGGGCCUGGGACCCAGGUGUGCCCAUAUAUGACGCAGUGUCGGAGACUUUGGUGCACCAGUCCAGAUGGAGUCCAGCGAGGCUGCCGGACCCAACACAUGCCCUGGGCUGAUGGGACAGAAUGCUCUACAGGAAUGCAUUGUAAACAUGGCCAGUGUGUCGCUAAAGAGCCUGAAUCGGUUCUAGUGGACGGAGCCUGGGGAGCGUGGAGUCCCUUUGGCACAUGCUCCAGGACCUGUGGAGGAGGAAUCAAGAUUGGUGUGCGUGACUGCAACCGACCCGUGCCCAAAAAUGGGGGAAAGUACUGUGUUGGACGCAGGACGAAAUUCCGUUCCUGCAACUCUGAGCCGUGCUCCAAGCAGAAACGAGACUUCAGGGAGGAGCAGUGUGCCAACUUUGAUGGCCGCCACUUCAACAUCAAUGGUCUACCUCCAAAUGUUCGCUGGGUGCCAAAGUACAGCGGAAUUUUAAUGAAGGACCGCUGUAAGCUCUUCUGUCGGGUGACAGGCAGCACAGCUUACUAUCAGCUCAGGGACCGAGUCAUUGAUGGAACGCAAUGUGGGCCUGACACCAACGACAUCUGUGUACAGGGUCUGUGUAGGCAAGCAGGAUGUGACCACGUAUUGAACUCCAAGGCCAGGAGAGAUAAAUGUGGGGUGUGUGGUGGGGAUAACUCAUCAUGCAAAACUGUUGCAGGAACAUUCAACACAGUGCGUUAUGGUUAUAAUGUUGUGGUGCAGAUCCCCAGUGGUGCUACUAACAUAGAUAUAAGACAACACAGCUACUCAGGGAAACCAGAGGAUGAUAACUACCUCGCUUUGUCCAACAGCCGCGGAGAAUAUUUACUCAAUGGAGAUUUUGUGGUCAGUAUGUUUAAAAGGGAAGUCAAAGUUGGAAAUGCUGUCAUAGAGUACAGUGGAUCCGACAAUGUAAUCGAGAGAAUCAACUGCACUGACCGCAUAGAUGAGGAGAUUGUUGUUCAGGUGCUAUCUGUAGGUAACCUGUAUAACCCAGACGUCAGGUAUUCCUACAACAUUCCCAUAGAAGACAAACCUCAGCAGUUUUUCUGGGAUGCGUACGGCCCUUGGCAGGAGUGCAGUCUUGUGUGCCAAGGAGAGCGCAAGAGGAAAGUCUUGUGUACUCGUGAGUCAGAUCGUGUGAUGGUGUCUGAUCAGCGGUGCCAUGGCUCUCCUAAACCAUCUGUGAUCACUGAGCCCUGCAACACAGACUGUGAACUUAGGUGGCAUGUUGCUCGCAAAAGCGAGUGCACAGCCACAUGUGGACCAGGCUAUCGCACGUUAGACAUUCAAUGCACCAAACAGAGCAGACAGGAUGGAAAGACCCAGAAGGUUGAUGACCGUUACUGCAGUAGCCAACGCAAGCCUGAUGAUAAGGAGAAGUGCCAUGGAGACUGCAACCCUGGUCGAUGGGAGUACUCUCAAUGGGGAGAGUGCUCCAAAAGUUGUGGAGGUGGAACGCGCCAGAGGAAUGCAAAAUGCCGAAAGUCAACAGAGAAUGGCGAUGAAAGCAGGUGCAACCCAGAAGAAAAGAUCUCUGUCCAGCAGUGCAAUGACUUCCCGUGUCCUCAGUGGAAAACUGCAGAGUGGUCAGAGUGUUUGGUGACUUGUGGCAAGGGCUACAAGCACCGCCAGACGUGGUGUCAGUUUGGAGAGGAGCGCCUGGACGACCGAUUUUGCGAUUCUUCCAAACCAGAGUCGGUACAGGCCUGCCAGCAGCAAGAAUGCGCGUCCUGGCAGGUGGGACCCUGGGGACAUUGCACCACCACGUGCGGUCCGGGUUACCAGAUGAGAGCUGUGAAGUGUGUGGUUGGUGAAUAUGGAUCGGUCGUGGAUGACUCGGAUUGUAAUGCAGCAACACGUCCAACAGACACUCAGGACUGUGAACUUUCUCAGUGCCCUGUCACACAUCCUGUUGCCCGAGAGACUAAAGUGAUGUCACAUCCCGGUCAUAAAACACAGUGGCGCUUUGGAUCAUGGACACAAUGUAGCGCCACCUGUGGAAAAGGAAAUCGUAUGCGCUACGUGAGUUGCCGUGACCAGCAGGGAGGAGUGGCGGAGGAAUCGGCCUGCUCCCAUCUGCUGAAACCUCCAGCUACGGAGGUUUGCUCUAUAGUGGCGUGCGGACAGUGGAAGGUUCACGAAUGGACUGCGUGCUCCGUAUCCUGCGGUCAAGGUAAAACUACUCGGCAGGUCGUAUGUGUAAACUUCAAUGAUCAAGUUGUGGAGAUGAGUGAGUGUGAUGCUGACGAUCGGCCAGCCACAGAGCAGGAGUGUGCCAUGCCCCAGUGUCCAUCACGCUCCAGCGAUCGCGAGGACUUUUCACCUAACACCGAUUCCCGGAAAAAGGUCGUUCCCACCGGCCGAGCUGAUCGUAACAGAGCUGGCAGACAUCAGUGGAGGAUUGGACCAUGGGGGGCAUGCUCGAGUACCUGUGCCGGAGGAUUUCAGAGGCGUGUGGUAGUGUGCCAGGAUGAAAAUGGCUAUCCUGCCAGCAACUGCGAUGGAAGCACACAGCCCAUAGAGCAGCGCUCCUGUGAAUCCGGCCCCUGCCCUCAGUGGUUUUAUGGCAGUUGGAGUGAGUGUUCCAAGUCCUGUGGAGGAGGGAUAAAAACUCGCUUGGUUGCUUGUCAGCGGCCCAACGGGGAGCGAUUUAACGAUCUGAGCUGUGAAAUUCUUGACAAACCACCGGACCGAGAGCAGUGCAAUACUCAGUCCUGCUCUGUUAACCCUCACUGGAGCACAGACCAAUGGAGCUCGUGCUCUGCUUCCUGUGGGAAAGGAUUCAGGUAUCGUAAUGUGACGUGCGCCAGUCAGUCCGGCCAGCCAAUCACAGAGGAGAACUGCAUGCACCUGCCCCUCCCACAAAAACAAAAGAGGUGCAGAGGUGGGAGGUGCCCCAAGUGGAAGACAGCAAGCUGGGGAGAGUGUUCGUCAUCGUGUGGGAAUGGUCUGCAGCAUCGAGAGAUCUCUUGUGUAAUUGAUGAUGAACACAGAACACAGGAGUCUAAAUGUUCUCGACUCCCCCGUCCACCCUCUACCCAACCCUGUCGAAUCGCUGACUGUGUCUCAAACUACAGAUGGAGCAAGGGGGACUGGCAAGAGUGCAACAAAACUUGUGGUAUCGUCCACAAGUAUCGAACAGUGGUGUGUUUGGAUGAGGAGGGAACUGAGGUACAUGAAAUGUACUGCAAUAACCAAAUGAAACCAGCUGAUAUUGAAGCCUGUAACACACAGCCCUGUGAGUUCAUCUGGAUUACAGGAGAGUGGUCUGAGUGCUCAGUCACCUGUGGUGAGGGGUAUCAGAGGAGGCUGGUGUCCUGCAGUGAGGUUCAUGCUGGGAUUGAUAAUUAUGAGUAUGAUUUUAACUCUUCCAUCAACUGCCCCGGCACCCCUCCUGAGGCCGCCAUGCCCUGCUUUCGGUUACCUUGUCCUGCCCCACACACUUGGAGAGUGGGUAUAUGGGGACCUUGUUCUGCAAGCUGUGGAAGUGGCUGGCAGGAGAGAAGAGUGGAGUGUAUAUCAGAAGAGGGUGACGUCACUGACAAAUGCCCCGCCUCCUCUAAACCCGAGCAACGAAAAGAUUGUAUCAAUCCUUCCUGCCAAUUACCCAAUAACUGCAGAGAUGUGCAGCUCCAGAACAGUUUCUUUACUGAUGGAGAACAGAGUUUGAACAUAAACGGGAAAGAGUUAAAAAUUUAUUGUUCAGGUAUGAACACAGACAGUCCCAAGGAAUAUAUUUCAUUGCUCACUGGGGAAGAAGAAAACUUCUCUGAAGUCUUUGGAUACAGGCUGAUGGAUCCCACACAGUGUCCAUCCAACUUAAACAAGAGAGAAGAUUGCCCGUGUAGGCGUGACUACACAGCAGCAGGUCUCACUGCGUUCACAAGAGUCAGAGUGGAUCUUAAUAAAAUGACCAUUAUAACUACAGACUGGAAGUAUGCCAUCAUCCACGAAGGGCAAAAAGUUCCUUUUGCCACAGCAGGAGACUGCUACAGUGCUGCACGCUGUCCACAGGGCCGGUUCAGAAUCAACCUGUCAGGAACUGGGUUUAAGGUUUCGGAGGAGACCACCUGGAUUUCUCAAGGAAACUAUGCCGUUGCUGACAUACACAAAUCUCAGGAUGGCAGUAGAGUAACUGGUAUAUGUGGUGGUUAUUGUGGAAAAUGCACUCCCUCUUCCAGCUCUGGACUUCUUGUUGAAGUUUUAUGAUGCCCUGGUUAUUGUCAGGUCUGCUGUUCGAAUAUCAGUAGAGUUAUAUAAAAGUUUUCAGUUUGAAGAAACAGAAUUUGACUUUUUUUAAAAACUCCUGUCUGACAGAAGGUGACAGCAGCUCAGGUCUUUGGCAGCAUAUCAAACUACAAACAUAUUUUCUUGUUUGUUUGAUUGUUUUAUUGCUGAUGAUUCUUAAUGGAGUCUUUUCUGUAUCUGUGGUGCUAAAGAAAGUGAAGAACAUACUUUUUUAUCUCCUUUUGUAAUUUUAUCAAAAAGACUGUGUCAGGUAUUUUUACAGAUUUAAGACUGUUUAUGAUCUGCAGGGUGCUGUAUGCAUAUUUUAAAACUGGGUAAUAUUUGUCUGUCUGAGGAAGCAAUUUGACUAUUAUUUGAUAUAAUGAAAUGUUCAUCCUUUAAAAAUGCAUUAAUAACAAUUUUAAAAGUAUUGAAAAUGUACCACACACUUUACAUAUGAGCCAUAAGAACUGUGACGUGUUUACAUCUGGGAUAUAUUACAUAAUGCUAACAGAAAAUUAAUCAUUUGAAUAAUUGAUGAUUAUCAUAAUAGAAGAUGUAUUUUAUGUGCACUCUAGUUAUUUAUAUAUUUACCUAUUUCUUAAUUCUAGAACGUAGCCCGAAAGCCAAAAUGAGCCUAAAAAAAAAAGUCAAGAACAGUUUGAAAAACACACAGAGAUGGUGCUAGUAUCUCAGGAACAUUAUUAUAGCUCUGAAUGGAGCAGUUGGCAAUCAUUUAGUCUAAAGCUUUAAUUCAGACAAAUUCACCAGUCUUUUCAAUGAUUAAUUCUGAUUAUAUAUGUACUAAAAAUAUGCACCCUUAUAAGGGAUGAACUGUCUAUCUAAAUAGUGAUGCUUUUGUGCAAUAAUGUAUCUUACAAGCUUUGCAAGCAUUUGUGAUAUCUAAAAAGAUAUUUAGAGAAGGACAACUUUGUGUGUAGAAAGAAGUACAGCUGCAGGUGUUCUGACAAUUUUCAAUGUGUUUCAUCAACAUGUGGUCACUUUCCGGUCAGUGGGUUUGACUGGAGGACACUUGUUAGUGUGAGAGAAGAUGUCAGAUGAAUGGCAAGGGAGAAGAAAAUGUUUCACUAACAGCUAAAAGUAGUACCUAUGAUGUAGUAUGGACGAGGGUUCAAUAGGCGAGCAAUAUUUGAAACCUUGCAAAAACGUAUUUAAUGCCCAAGGCUAUUAUGGACCCUGUAGCAGGCUAGAAGCACAGUAGUAACGUCUAUCAGACUAUUUUAUAGGAAAUGUCUCACUCUUUGUUAUUGAAAAGUUUGUUUUAAAAAACCUACCUCAGUACUUUGGCGGUUAUGAGCUUUUAUCUGUUUUUAAACUGAAUAUAUGCUUGUUGUUGUAGCAUUUUUAAACUGAUAACUGCACUGCCAUUAUAUUUGGAUAUUUUAUACUGUGCUUUUAUUAUCAGGGUAAUAAUCCUUUGGUACAUUGAAAUCCAAUGGUACAUCACUGGUACCAAUAGGUGCCAUCAUUUAUGAUUUCAUGUGUGAUUCAUGAUCAUUUUACUAUGUAGAUCGGGGGAAAAAUUACAAUAUUGUUUUUAUUCAAUAGACACAUUGCAGUUGUUGUAAAACAUAAAAAAUCAGGAGAUUGGGUCACAAAACUGAAGAUAUUUAUAUUUGUACUAAAAUAUUUAUGAAAUAUACACAUGCCUAUAUAGCCUAUCUUUGCACUAAAAAGCCAUACUUUUCUUAAUUGGAUUGGGCCUAGUUUUAGAAAUUUUAGGUUAGAAUAAUUUAUUUGUAUUGACUUGUAACAUGUACCUAAAUGAAUCAUGAUAUUUUUCACAUAUAAAGGGAAAAUUUAAAAGAAAGAGAGCUAACUUUUAGUUGUUGAGCAGUUAGCCAUUCAUCAAUACAUAUAGGCUAUUUGUUAUUAAUUCUUGUGUAUCAAUUCAUAUUCUUAUUGAUAUGGAAUAGAUUUGAAUACAUCUUUAAUACAAAUUUUGUAUUUAUUAUUAGUAUUAUUAUAAUUAUUAUUAUAAACAGUAUGACUUAUAAAAUGCAAAUCCUAGCACUUCAUAUGUGUGAUACAGCAUCUAUGGCAUAUAGCUGGUUCAGUACAGGAUUAUUAAUUAUACUUCUUGCACCUGGGUGUUGUUCUUCAAUACAGAUUAAAAAUUUUUAUAGAUUAUUUUUUUCAUUAAUAUUUAUUAUAUUCCUAGUUGUACAUACAUUUUGAUUAUAUUAUUGGUUUUAUUUACAUUUAUUGUGUUAUAAUUUCUCUUGUAUUUCAAAUAUUUGUUUGUGAUUGGCCAUUGCAGCUGAGAUUAAAUAUGGGACAGUUUUAUAAUGAAUGGAUUAUGUAUAACAAAAAUGAUGUAAUACAAUAAAUCAUGUCUUGAUAUAAU